AUGGAUCAGCAAUCCGCACCAGUACCAGCACUCCCUCCUCACGUGCUCAUCUUCCCUUUUCCGGCCCAAGGCCACGUGAGCUCCAUGCUCAAGCUGGCCGAGCUUCUGUGUCUUGGCAACCUACACGUGACCAUGCUGGUCUCCGAGUAUAUCCACAGCCGCCUCCUCCGCCACACCCAUGUCCAUUCCCACUUCGCUCGCUAUCCCGGAUUUUGUUUCAGGACUAUUUCGGAUGGCCUUCCUGAGGACCAUCCGCGUGCCGGUGAGCGAGUUAGGGAGUUUUUUGCAUCUCUGAAGUCCGUCACGAGGCCACUAUUAAGAGAAAUGAUGAUAGACACCAAUUGCUUCGGUACCGAAACAAGGCGGCCUGUGACGUGCAUCAUAGCAGACGGGACGAUGAGUUUUGCAGGUGAUAUUGCUAUCGAGAGGGAAAUUCCGCUUAUUUAUUUUCGUACUGCCAGUGCUUGCAAUUUUUGGGCUCUUUUUUGUUUGCCGGAGCUCAUUGAAGCUGAUGAAAUUCCCUUGAAAGGAAAUGGCAUGGACCUACCAGUAAAAAGUGUACCUGGUAUGGAGGAUUUUCUCCGGCGACGUGACCUUCCGAGUUUUUGCCGUGUGGACGACGUAAAUAAUUUGCAAAUCUUAAAAGCAGAGAGCAGAAAAACCCUUCAAGCCCAGGCAUUGAUAAAGAACACUUUUGAUGAGCUAGAAGGACCCGUACUCUCUCAAAUACGUGCUCACUGUCCCAAUCUCUUCUCCAUCGGACCACUUCACGCACACCUAAAAGCCAGACUCGCAUCAGAUCCCAUGUUUUCCUCAACCUAUUCUAGUAGUUUUUGGGAGGAAGAUCAAAGUUGUGUCACGUGGCUUGAUUCGCAGCCGUCCAAAUCUGUGAUCUACGUGAGCUUUGGAAGUAUCACAAUUGUGACAAGAGACCAACUCAUGGAGUUUUGGUAUGGUCUGGUGAAUUCUGGGCAAAGGUUUUUGUGGGUCAUGCGGCCGGACUCCAUUGUUGACAAAGAUAUGGAGUCUCAGAUUCCGGUGGAGCUGGUUGAGGGCACGAGGGAGAGAGGGUACAUGGUGGAUUGGGCCCCACAAGAGGAGGUUCUGGCCCACCCAGCUGUUGGUGGGUUUUUGACUCACAGUGGGUGGAACUCUACUUUGGAAAGCAUAGUCUCUGGUGUGCCAAUGAUUUGUUGGCCUUAUUUUGCAGACCAGACAAUUAAUAGUAGGUUCGUUAGUGAAGUUUGGAAGCUUGGUUUUGACAUGAAAGAUACGUGUGAUCGAGUUACAAUUGAGAAGAAGAUCAUAGAUCUGAUGAAUGUCAAAAAAGAUGAGUUUCAAGAACGAGCAAAUCAGAUGGCAAAGUUAGCAAAACGAGCUGUGAGUAAAGGUGGGUCAUCGUAUUGUAAUUUGGAUUAUCUGAUUAACUACAUAGAAUCUAUGAUUAAGUGA